AUGGGGGAGGACUAUGGCUGCACUCAGGGAAACAACGAGUUGCAGCAGGAAAAGGAGCUGCCCGUCUCGGAAGCAGAGGAAAUGCUGGUAAUAGGCGAGGCAGUACCUGAGGGGGAGCAUCUGCGCACUCUUCGAGUGUACAGCCGGUGCUCGUCACAAGCAACCGUAGCAGCAACAUCAGGAGCAAGGCCUUCAGAAGCAGGCUCGACUGAUGCAGGGGUCCCUGCAAAUGAGGGCGAGGCGGAAUCAGAGGGGAGUUCCCGAGGCUGUCGCGAUGUUCACGUGCUGCGGGUAUUCCGCGAACCCGAUGUUAUGAUAGCCCCGAAUCUGAUUACAAAAGAGCAGUGCGCCCACCUGCUGAAACUAGCGGACGGGAAGUGGACUCGCAGCAAAACAAGCGUCGGGACGACUUCCGCACCCCAGACAGCAUACAGGACGACUGAAAGCCGGACACGGACGUCGUAUUCAGUGAUGCUUGAGGAGGCACAGACACCCGGUGUGGUGUCUGUAGAGCUGUUGGCUUGUGCCUUAGCGCAGAUGCCAGUACAGCACCUCGAAUCUCUCGUGCUUGUGAGAUAUGCCGAAGGGGAGUACUUCGCAGAACACCAUGACGGAGGCUUCAGGCCCAAGACAGUUCUCCUUUAUCUUAACGGUGAAUCUUCCUGCUAG